UAUAACUAUUCUAACCGUCGCACACGUCCAACGGAUGUACACAUGCAUAUUCGCAGCGAUACCUGUACAUUUUUAGGUUAACGAUACGCGAACGUAGGUGUGAAAAAGUAAGCGGAAAAGAAUAUGACGAUUACAUUCCGAUACACCAGGAAGAGUGGUUCAUAAGUGAUAGAGAGAACAUGACGUGGCGUAAACCACAGUCAUCUGACCGCUGUCGGUUUCCCAUGAAAAGAAUAGAAUUUCAUAUGAAACAGCGAGAGGCCAACCGAAAUCCCGACGUUGCGAUGUGACAUUCGAUGGACGAUCGAUUCAGUGCAAUUGGAAAUAAAUUUCAGUGUUGACUUAAAUAUGUUUUGUACUAUCAGACGCGAACGACUGAGGACGAUGCAUUGAAUGAUUCGUAAAAGUUCAAUUAUAAAUUCGAGAUUUUGUACGUUAGAUUUAUUUUAAUGAUGGUGCGUCGAAAUAUGAAAGAAAAUUGAAUGAAAGCGAGAACUGUCGAUAGCUGACAAGAGUAAUAUACAACAUAUUCUUCUACGAAAGAUCAAACGUAACUGCGAAUGCCAUGACUUUUCAAAUAAGUUCAAUCAAGAUUGUUUUAAUUGUAACAAUUCUGUUUUAUACAUACACCGUAACGCCAAUAAACGCAGAUGGAAUUUCGUGCUUUAAAUGCUACGCGUCGCAACCUGGACAUGAACAAACUGAUUUGUUAUGUUCACAAUUCGAUGGAAGUGCUCGAUAUCAAGUGUACUGUCCUUCGUCGACUCUUUGCAGAAAGAAAACUGUUUACUACAAGUUAAAAACAUUGAUAAUAACAGCUGUAGAAAGGGAUUGUGCACCUCAGAAACGUUCAGUUCCCAUUUAUAGUCAUGAAGAUAAUAAAUGGGAAAACAAAGAAGAAGUUGUGAAAACAGCGUACGAAGAAGGUUGUUUUGUCGGCGAAGAUAGGGGAGCACCAGCAGGUCCACCAGAAUAUUGUUUCUGUAGUUUUCAUUUAUGCAAUUCGUCUCAAUUGAUUAAAGCCACGAGUAUGUAUCAUAUUUUUGCAUUAACAAUGAUAUUACUAUUUGUAAAGCUGAUAUAAUAUUUCAAUUUGAAGUACUUAUUACUGCAAGAGUAUUAAUAUUUUUUUACACUCAAUUAAAUUUGUUGUAAGUUAAAAUAACGAACAUAUGUGAUAUACAGAUAUGUAAAUAACUAUACCGAAAUGAUAUUUUUAAUAAAUUGAAUACUCAUUUGACGAUUUAAAUACCAUUACAGAAUAUUUUUGAUGUUAAUGCUUGCAACAGAACAGCGAAAUGUAUUUAAAGCAGGCUGUGAAAAUGUCCGUAUAAAAUAUGCAUUCGUUUUACCAUAUUUUAAUGUAUAAAUAAUAAACUGAUAUCUAUGUGUGUUGGAAUAAAUA